AUGGAUUCAAAGUCGUCCGAUCCUGAAGAACAGUCUGUCGGACUGACAGAUGAAAAGCCCAGCAAAGAGCACGCCACAAAUGCAUCCGAGUAUGAUGUCUUCUGGGAGGAGCCAGCCAGUGAAGACCCCAAAAAUCCAAUGAACUGGAGCUCCGGACGCAAGUGGACUAUCAUUGGGAUGGUUUCAUUCAUCACUUUCUUGACUCCGCUCGCCUCUUCGAUGUUUGCGCCAGGUAUCAGACAAGUCCUCGAAGACUUCGGUUCAACAUCUAAUGUCCUCUCCUCUUUUGUCUUCUCGGUUUACAUCCUAGGAUUUGCUUUCGGUCCUCUGAUUGUCGCACCCGUCAGCGAGUAUAGCGGCCGCGCAUGGGUCUACAAAGUUUGCAAUGUCUUGUUCGUCGUGUUCAAUAUCGCCAGUGCGCUAGCUCCGAAUAUGGCGUCUUUGGUGGUUUUCCGAUUUCUGGAUGGGUUUGCGGGUGUCGCUGCCAUCACAUGUGGUAGUGGCACGAUUGCAGAUCUUGUGCCGAGGGAAAAACGAGGGCAGGCGAUGGCUAUCUGGUCCUUAGGACCCCUAUUCGGUCCGAUCGUCGGUCCCGUUGUGGGUGGGUUCCUGGUGGAGGCGACAAAUUGGCGAUGGGUGUUUUGGGUGCUUGCUAUCGCUCGGAAAGCUGCACAACUACGAAAGUCGACAGGAGAUAUUGCAUACAGAUCUCGAUUGGACUCUGGUAUCCCUCCAAAACAGCUGUUCCUCCGGAGUCUCAUUCGACCGUCGAAAAUGCUUGUUCUAUCACCAAUAGUAGCCCUAAUGUCCAGUUACAUUGCUGCUCUUUACGGCUUCCUCUACAUUCUAUUUACAACAUUCACUAUUGUCUUCGAAGGUCAAUACAAUUUCUCUGCCAGCGGCAGCGGCCUCUCAUUCUUGGGAAGCGGAGUGGGCAUGUUGCUUGGUCUUGCCUACGUGGGGACAUUGAGUGAUCGCAAGAUCAGAAUCAAACUUGAGCGCAAGGAGGCACCUACCCCCGAGGACCGACUUCCCAUGUAUCUCACUAUACCUGGGUCAUUAGCCAUCCCGGCAGGUCUCUUUAUCUAUGGAUGGUCUACAGAUAAAGUGGUCCAUUGGAUGAUUCCUGAGAUCGGGAAUGCGGUUACUGGGUUCGGAAUGAUCAUCAUAUUGAUGUGUGUCCAGACAUAUCUGGUAGAUGCUUUCCUUGCACAUGCUGCCAGUGCUGUGGCUGCUUGCACUGUUCUGCGGAGCUUGCUGGGAGCUCUUCUUCCUCUGUGUGGAUUGCAGAUGUACGAUAAACUUGGCCUUGGAUGGGGAAAUAGCUUGUUGGCAUUCCUUGCUUUGGCAAUGGCCCCUAUACCGAUUUUAUUCCAAACAUGGGGAGAGAGGUUGCGGACAAAGUGGACUAUUGACUUAUAG